AUGUAUGAUGCUAAAUUUGUGAAUGUGCCUCUUGCUUCCCACUCUGUGUUAAGUAAGGAUCAGUCUCCUAAGACUAAAACUGAAAUAACUGAAAUGAAGAACAUGCCUUAUUCCAAUGCUAUAGGAUCUGUUAUGUAUCUCAUCAUUAGUAUAAGGCCUGAUAUUGCAUAUACAGUUAGUUGUUUGAGUAGAUUUAUGUCUAACCCUGGUACUAAGUUGGUUGGUUAUGUGGAUUCCAAUUAUGCUAAUGAUAGGGAUAAUAGAAAGUCUACUACUUACUAUGUGUUUACUUUGUAUGGCUCUUGCAUAAGUUGGAAGUCUCAACUUCAACCCAUUGUUGCUUUAUCUACUACAGAAUCUGAGUAUGUAGCUACCACUAAAGCUUUUAAGGAAGCAAUUUGGCUUAGGGCUGUUUUAUAUGCUCUCCACCAUUUUCCCCUUGUCAUUCCUCUCAUAGGUCGACUUUUGUUUCUCUUACCUUCUCAUUUCGACAAGAGAUUCAACCACGGGAAUAGCGGUGUUUAG